AAGUAUUCUCAUGAGAUGAAUCAUUUAAAGACAUUACGAGUCAAUGAUGAAACCACACACUCCGGAGUUUGAAAAGAGACAGGGCUGCUUUAAGAGAGAAACAGGAAGUUGUAACUAGAAGCCAUCUGAAUACUAAGCCAGAGCAGAAUGCUUGUGAAGUAGCAACUAAAUUGGCAGUGUUUCUUCUGAAAUUCUCAGGCAGUCAGACCAUCUUAGGCAAAUCUUGAUAAAAGAGCCGUUAUCCAGGUCUUUAUCUAAGGAAUUCCAAAAAGACUGGAGAAUGGAGAGACAGUCAAGGGCUGUGUCAGAAAAGGAUGAGUAUCAGUUUCAACAUCAGGGAGCGGUGGAGCUGCUUGUCUUCAAUUUUUUGCUCAUCCUUACCAUUUUGACAAUCUGGUUAUUUAAAAAUCAUCGAUUCCGCUUCUUGCAUGAAACUGGAGGAGCAAUGGUGUAUGGCCUCAUAAUGGGACUAAUUUUACGAUAUGCUACAGCACCAACUGAUGUUGAAAGUGGAACUGUCUAUGACUGUGUAAAACUAACCUUCAGUCCAUCAACUCUGCUGGUUAAUAUCACUGACCAAGUUUAUGAAUAUAAAUACAAAAGAGAAAUAAGUCAGCACAACAUCAAUCCUCAUCAAGGCAAUCCUAUACUUGAAAAGAUGACAUUUGAUCCAGAAAUCUUCUUCAAUGUUUUAUUGCCACCAAUUAUAUUUCAUGCAGGAUAUAGUCUAAAGAAGAGACACUUUUUUCAAAACUUAGGAUCUAUUUUAACAUAUGCCUUCUUGGGAACUGCCAUCUCCUGCAUUGUCAUAGGGUUAAUUAUGUAUGGUUUUGUGAAGGCUAUGAUACAGGCUGGCCAGUUGAAAAAUGGAGACUUUCAUUUUACUGACUGUUUAUUUUUUGGUUCACUGAUGUCUGCUACAGAUCCAGUGACAGUGCUGGCCAUUUUCCAUGAACUGCACGUCGACCCUGACCUGUACAUACUCUUGUUUGGAGAGAGUGUGUUGAAUGAUGCAGUGGCCAUAGUCCUUACAUAUUCUAUAUCCAUUUACAGUCCCAAGGAGAAUCCAAAUGCAUUUGACGCCGCAGCAUUCUUCCAGUCUGUGGGGAAUUUCCUGGGAAUCUUCGCUGGCUCAUUUGCAAUGGGGUCUGCGUAUGCCGUUGUCACAGCACUGUUGACCAAAUUUACCAAGCUGUGCGACUUCCCAAUGCUGGAGACCGGUCUGUUUUUCCUGCUUUCUUGGAGUGCCUUCCUGUCUGCCGAGGCUGCCGGCCUCACAGGGAUAGUUGCUGUUCUCUUCUGUGGAGUCACACAGGCACAUUAUACCUACAACAAUCUGUCUUCGGAUUCCAAAGUGAGAACUAAACAGUUGUUUGAAUUUAUGAACUUUUUGGCAGAGAACGUCAUCUUCUGUUACAUGGGCCUGGCACUGUUCACAUUCCAGAAUCAUAUCUUUAAUGCCCUUUUUAUACUUGGAGCCUUUCUAGCAAUUUUUGUUGCCAGAGCCUGCAACAUUUAUCCCCUCUCCUUCCUCCUGAAUCUGGGCCGAAAACAGAAGAUCCCCUGGAACUUUCAGCAUAUGAUGAUGUUUUCAGGUUUACGAGGAGCGAUUGCAUUUGCCUUAGCUAUUCGGAACACAGAAUCUCAGCCCAAGCAAAUGAUGUUUACCACCACGCUGCUCCUCGUGUUCUUCACUGUCUGGAUAUUUGGAGGAGGAACAACCCCCAUGCUGACUUGGCUUCAGAUCAGAGUUGGUGUGGACCUGGAUGAAAAUCUGAAGGAGGACCCCUCCCCACAACACCAGGAAGCAAAUAACUUGGAUAAAAACACAUCGAAAGCAGACAGUGCCCGGCUCUUCAGAAUGUGGUAUGGCUUUGACCACAAAUAUCUGAAGCCAAUUUUAACCCACUCUGGUCCUCCACUGACUACAACAUUACCUGAAUGGUGUGGUCCAAUUUCCAGGCUGCUUACCAGUUCUAAAGCCUAUGGGGAACAGCUAAAAGAGGAUGAUGUGGAAUGCAUUGUAAACCAGGAUGAACUAGCCAUGAAUUACCAGGAGCAAGCCUCACCCUGCAGUCCUCCUGCAAGGCCGGGUCUGGACCAGAAAGCUUCGCCCCAGACGCCAGGCAAGGAAAACAUUUAUGAGGGAGACCUCGGCCUGGGAGGCUAUGAACUCAAGCUUGAGCAAACUUCGGGUCAAUCCCACUUGAAUUAAUUGGUAUGAAGAGGACAGAUGUAACACAAGUAAUGCAAGGCUCACUGAGGACUACAAGCCAAGCUGAUGAGGCAGUCUAGGGAAGAGGCUGGAAAAUGUAUUAAAGAGCAUAAAUUAGAAUCAAGGCCUUUUCACAUGGAUCCUCUGAUGCCUGAAGAAAUGAGAAUUUAUUAUCAUCCCUCUCUAUUAUGCAACGGAAUUUACUUUUUUGACAGCAGCCAUUUUGAUUACUGGAUUGACUGGGGUGGGGACGGGGGUGUCAGGAGUGCAGCUGCUGGAGGCUGGGACAGAUGUGCCGGGGCUGCAGGGCAUUUCUGCUGCAUAUGCUGCUCUCGAGGCCCUCCUCUUCUCUUCUGCAUUUUCUUCCCUCCAUUAGGGAAGAGUUUAAAAGUAAGAAAGUUUCUGAGGGUAAACAUUUUGCUCCUAAGCUGAAGGGAAUGUACAGCAAUUUAGUAAGUGGUAAGUUUCAUAUUUUGAGGACUUGACUCCCAUUUGCUCUCAGUGACCCCAGGGCAGAGCCCAGAGGAGCGUUCCGUACCCACUGCUGAUGGCUUCCCACAGCCACACUGAGUUGGAGACCCUAUUGUUCUUGUUGGUAUCUCUUUUAUGCUACUUCUCCCAUUGCGCAAAGGGGUUGCCUGGGGCUGGAUGUGCCUUGCACUAACUGCAGCACCACUUUCAAGCUUGGUAGGACUCUUCCAAAAAAGCAGCUUUCUUCUCCCAUACCACAGUGUACCUGAAGAACAAGCCUUCCUAUCUUUGUCUGCUGCAAGUCUCUUCCUGGCUGUGCAGCAGGUCCCCCUCCAUAUGCUGGAAGGUAGGAUUCUGCAGACCGUGCUGCUCUCUACCUGGCAGCAGACUGUGCAGGAGCCCUCACCUGUCCUCCAACUCCAGCAUCCACGGCUGAGAAGCAGUGCAGAAGCAGAGCGAGAGGGGUAGAGCCAAUGAUGUGCGAGUUACCCUGAGGAGCCAGGGUCAGGGCCUCAGGACUCCCCCUUACAAGGCAUGGCUCCUGGUUUACAUUCCAGAGAUCAACACGAUAGCUUUUAAGUCAGCUGCAUGACUUGUGCCUUUUAAGCCAUAAAGAUACCUCAAGCCUAGCACCUCUUGAAAUCCAGAUGUUCAUAUUAGACUUUUAAAAAGUAGGCUCGAGGCCUAGGUGCCCAGGCUAUAAUGAGUCUGCUUUUGAAGGAAGUAGGGCAUGAUACCUUCCUUGGACCCAAAGCUUAAGAGUAAUGUAUGCUUCGCUGAACACAGUUAGGCCUUAAACAUUCACUGUGGUGGUGUCAGGCACACCGCUGUGUGCAUCCGUUUUUUUGCUUUCCAAACUGAAUCUCUGGGGCACAAGUUGUUUUAUACUCAAGCUAAGUAUAAUUUUGUCAUUUCAGGUGAAUAUGACAAGUGGUGGAACAUGACGUUUUCUAAUUUGACUUAAUCCUAAUAAAUUUUUGUUAUAAAGUA